AUGGCAGCCGUAUGCAAAGCCUGCGAGGACCCCCUCAUCAUCACAAUCGACCCAGACAGCGAAGACGAAGACAACCAAACCGGCGACGAGCCCCAGAACGUCCCCGAUGAUCUCGAGCUCCCCUGCGGCUGCCACUUUCACUGGCAAUGCCUCCUAGACCAAUCCGAACAAACAGCCCUCUCCCUAACCUGCCCCUCCUGCACAACCUACCUCCCAACCCAAACACCCACAGGCGAACCCGCAAUCCUCACCCGCUACGUAAACGAAGGCGGCCUCCAAGACAGCCUCGACAUCCUCCCCACCAUCACCGAAGAAGCCUACCUCGCCUCCAACCCAGAAGCCCGCCCCGCCCGCGCAUACCACCUCAUGUGCUCGGAGGGCGACGUCCAAGGCAUCGUCACCCUCCUCCAGGACGCAAACGAGGAACUCGCAGGCGACGUCGCCGCGCUCGGCCAGCUGAUCCGCUACCAGGACCCUCUCGCUGGAGGGAAGAGCGCGCUACACGUCGCGGUGGAAAAGGCGCAGGAGGAGGUGGUCUGGUUGCUUCUGUGGAUCGCGUCGCGGUUGCCGACGGACGUGUUCCCCGCUGCGGCGCGGCAGGCGGCUGAAGGGCUGCAGAUUGUGAGGCUGACCAACGAUGUGGGCGAGGACAUUCGCGCGCUCAAGGCCGAGAACGGGUCGACGGCCGAGGAUGUGGCCAAGGGGUUGCCUGCUCGUUGGGGUGCCUUGGUUGAUGCCGGUGUUCUGCGUGCCUAA